UGGACAGGCUGGCUGGCUAGCUAGGGAGCUAGUUAGAAAACGUAACUGCCUACACACUAAUACCAAAGUCAAUAUCAGCAUGUGAAGUAGUUAGCUAGUUGUAGAUAGAAUCUCACCAUGUUAAUCGCGUUUCUAGCUCACGACUUUGAGUCUAUGUGGUUGCUAUGGCAACGUGCAAGGAGCCUGCGAGUCUGUUAGCAGGGAGAAGAGAGGAGUAAACCGCAUUGUGGCAUGAUAGUUGAAGGAAGAAAGGCCAUUAAUCUUACGGCGCUCUGGUAUAAAAUAUACACUUUGUUAUGAUGAUAUAGACGGAUGGAUGUGUUCUAGACAAGUAUGCCCAUACCAUCUAUUAUCUGAUUUGGCGAUCUGGAGUGCAGACUGGCCUAAGGACUGUGGCACGGCCCACUAUAAACCUAACAUGGCUGAACGGAUCGUCUCUGGGAACGAGGCCAGACCUCACUCCUGGCCAUGGCAGGUCUCCCUACAGGUUCGUCCCAGAGGCAGUAAGCACUAUAUCCAUGUCUGUGGAGGAACUCUCAUCCACAAGAACUGGGUCCUCACUGCUGCUCACUGCUUCCAGAAGGGUAAAGCCGAGGAUGCUGGGAGUUGGAGGAUUGUCCUGGGGAAGCACCAGCUGAAACGUUCUGAAACAGCCGAAAAGACUAUCCCGGUGAAGAGGAUAUACCGUCACGAGCACUUCCGUUACCCCACGCACAGCGAGUUGGAUUAUGAUAUCGCCCUGGUCAAGGCUGCCACCGACAUCGUGCCCACCAACCACAUACGCUAUGCAUGCCUGCCGCGCAAACAGAUCAGCCUGAAGCCAGGACAAUACUGCUGGGUGACCGGCUGGGGAGACACUCGGGGUGGGAAGGAGAACGUGUCUCUGGCUGAGGCUUUGAACCAGGCCCGUCUGCCCAUCAUCGACAUCAAGACCUGCCGUCAGAAGAAGUUCUGGGGAGACCGCGUCAGGGACUCCAUGAUCUGUGCCGGCUUCAGAGACACAGAAGGACCACCUGCUGCCUGCCAGGGUGACUCGGGCGGUCCUCUGCUGUGCCAGUUGGGGCGCGACAGGUGGGAGGUGCACGGUGUGGUGAGCUUUGGCCCCAUUGGCUGCACCGUGGAGAACAAGCCCAGCGUGUUCACCCGCACCGCCAAUUACAUCCCUUGGAUCGAGGCUACGCGCAUCAGAGACAUCUUCAUGCACUAGACUAGACCACACACAACCUGACAACCCCUCCACGCCCCCAAAACUAUAGCAUUUUUUUUUUUUUGUGCGAGAUACCAUAUUGCCUCAGGCCACACCCCCCUCUCCUCUGUGUCCAUAACCUGUAAGUCACUACAGUGACAUCAGACAAAAUUUGAAUGAAGACAUUUUACAAUCAACAUUGUACUGAUCAUCAGCAUUUCAUUAAAUCAAGCCACCUGUCACGAUGCUGUAA